UACAAAUGAUAGGGCGAGAUUAUUAAAAAAUUCCCAAUUAAUAUAUACAAAUCAAGCUCACCCUUGAUUUGUCUCUAAAAUAAACAACUGCUUCUGAUGUUUACAGUCUGUUUUCCAUCUCAAGAAUGCGUCUUUCAAUUUUCAAUACCUAAAAAACAUUCAAGGGGUGGAAAUAUAUGAGAGCUAAUCAGAGGAGUGCAAGCAGGAGAAGAAGAAUGGAUCUUGCAGUUGCUUCUUGGCAUAUCAUACUUCUUUCGCUACUUGUCCUGGUAAAAGGUACUGAAUCUAGGGAUGUCCCUAGUGAUAAUAAUAUAAUACAGCUCCCUAGUAGUAAUACUGAGUAUAUUGGAGAUCAUGAUCAUCAUCAAUCUGAUCAUCCCAAAUCCCAUAUGCAUCACAUGGACAGUAAUAAUGUAAAUAUGGUUUUCUUCACAAUGGAGGACAUGGAAGUUGGCAAAACAAUGCCAAUUUAUUUUCCCAAGAUAGAUCCUUCAACUUCUCCUCACUUGUUGCCCAGAGAUGAAGCUUCUUCAAUUCCUUUCUCAUUAAAACAACUUCCUAACCUUCUCAAGAAGUUCUCUUUCUCAAAAGACUCUCCCCAAGGCAGUGCCAUGGAGGACACACUCAAGCAAUGUGAGAGUCCACCCAUCAAAGGCGAGACCAAGUUCUGCGCUACUUCCUUAGAAUCCAUGAUCGAUUUCAUACGUCGCAUUUUCGGAGACGAUAGUUUUAGUGUUGUGGCAACUAAUUUCUUUACCAAGUCAAGUACCACUUUCCAAAACUACACUAUUUUGGAAAUGCCUAAAGAGGUUUUCUCUCCCAAGAUGGUGGCAUGUCACACCUUGCCUUACCCCUAUGCAAUCUACUAUUGCCACUACCUAGAGUGUGAGAACAAGGUGUACAAGAUCUUAUUAGGUGGAGAGAAUGGAGACAAGGUUGAAGCUGUUGCUGUUUGUCACAUGGAUACAUCGCAGUGGGGCCGUAAUCAUGUGUCGUUCCGUAUACUUAAAACUGAGCCGGGGACUUUCCCGGUGUGCCAUUUCUUCCCGGCCGAGCAUCUUGUGUGGGUUCCGAAUUCCCCUACUUCAAUGUAGUACUAAUUUCAGCGUGGUAUAAGUGUGUCCCAUAAUAUGAGUGUGGUAUUUGCUUAUAAGUGUAAAAUGUUUAAUGUUCUGCAGACGUGCUUCUAAAGCACACAACAAAAAAUAAUGUCAGUCAAAUUUGCCAUUAAAAUAGACUCCUCCACUGUGAAGUUUGAACCCUGUUUAGUGCUUGUUUCUCGAUCUUUACGAGCAUAUGCUUUUGUACAAGAUGAAAUAUUUCAUAUAUAGUCAACAAUUAUAUGAUAAUUAGA